AGAAGACCUUCAAUGCAGCGCGGGGACUUCUGGGAACUGUUUUGGGCGAGGACUCCAACGAAUCGAAUCAUUUAUGCGAAUCGGCUCGCUAAGUGAAUCAAACGAUCGAGCGCUAGUCCCGCAGCCUCGGGAGCGCGCAGGGGAGGCAGCGUGGCGCAUGCGCAGUGCGGCGGUGGGGAUUUCCAGCGGAACAUGAAGGGCCCUGGAACUGCGCUAAUGUUAGCAGUGCUGUGCUAGCUGCAUCUGAUAUCUGUCACAGAUGAGGUUGAAACGAGCAACAACUUCGUUAUCGUCUAUCCCUUUCAUAACGACAGUUUGAGAGGUCAGAUAGGAUGACUGGCUCCGUUGGCAGAUCUGUUUGCUGUGAGAAAAGGAGACUGUCAGCAGCUGGCAGCGUUGGACAUGGUGUUUUUAAUGUGCUCUCCUCUCCGCAAAACCCUGACCUUCAACCUAAUGCAGGGGAAAGCCUGGCAGUGAGGACUCUCCAUCCAGCACUCAAAUCAGCUACCUUCCCGCGUCACGUUGAGGUGUUUUGGCUAAUGAGGGACUCAGAGAUGCCCAUUACAGCAUGAAAGAGCCCUGGGCAAGGCGUACGCCCGAAUUAAACCAAGCACAUCUUCACUUUCAUUAUUCCAUAUCAUUCCUUUGGAGGAUGAUCCCAGCUUGCUGAUUUUCCCCAACACACUGCACCGUUGUCCCAGGUCUUCCGGUGUCUAGUGGGAGAGAGGACUUGAGAUGGCAAGCGGUCCCGUUUAAAGAAACUCCUGGAUUGUAGGAUAAGUGGUUGCAAGCUACGCAGCCCCCCUGCCACCAAUGGAUGCCAAGUUGCGAGAAGAUCUAUUUCGCAGGUAUGUGGCGUCUUUGGAGAAUCGGCUCGAGGAGGGAGCCGGUGAAGGAGGAGAUAAGCAAGGAGCUAAGACGGAGGAGGCACUGAUUUCUACUGCAACGGCACUGCUUGGCUCAUACCAGCCCGAUCCAGGGCAGCGCUUUCGCAUGGUUCGGUUCUAUGAAAUUGCUGAGAACUCCCUGAGGACUCAGAGAAGCGCAAACUUGCGGACAUUGGAGACUGCCUUUGCGACCUUGGAAACCAUCUGUUCCAACUUGCUCCUCUUUCCUUGGAAGAAAGAGUUUCGGUGCAUAAAGACCUUCACGGGACCGUACGUGUACCAGCUGCAGUCGGUGAUAUGCGACGCAGACCUGCGUUCCCUGCUGCGUUCCAUGGGCUAUUCCAGAGACCAGGAAUUGCAGUACCACGUCAGGGACCAUCCAGGAGGAGCCUCCCACCUCCGGCAGCUGGCUUUCGAACUGCUCCUCGCUCAGGCCGAGUGCCGUCUGCUCGGCGAGGUGGUCUCCAUGUCUCGGGGCUUCGCCUCGGAGCUUGAGGCCGUGGAGGUGAGGAGGAGCACCAGAGAAGAUGCGGCAGGGUGCGCCGAAACCCUCCGCCGACGAGACAGCCUCACGGGAGACUUGUCUCGCUUGUCGGUGCGGCCGGUCGACAUGGACCGUGCCCACCUGAGGCGAAGCGGUCGGCCGUCCAAGUCGGUGGAUGUCACGGACAGCGCAGGACACUGGCACCAAGCCAGCAAACCAGUGCUGAAGGCCUCGCUCAGCCUGCGCAAAGAGCCAUUGUUCGUCGACACGGAAGAAGACAUGAAGGAUGAGAUCAUCCGACCGAACCCUUCGCUUUACCCCGUGGCGGCGCCGCCCUCCUACAGCCCUGUGGCUGACUUCUUCCCUAUUCAGUCGCCCCCGUCUGAGCCAUACUCCUACCACUUGUCCUCCCUGGACGAGGUGGACUUGUACACCGAACGGGGCCACCAAACGCCCUCUAGGCCGCCGAGCCGGGAGCCUCGAGAGACCCGGGACAGUUGGGUUCUGAAGGGGCACGUGAUGAAGUGCCAGGGCUGUGGCAUGGGCUGCGCUUCGCUCUCCUCUUGCCAGAGGUGCGACAUGAUCCUGUGCGGGUCCUGCCACGCCGUGGAACCGGCGCCUUGUUGCGGCUUCCAGGAUUACACUAAAACUUCCCGCCCUUUGGAUGGCUACAUGCCCAUCAAGGAGAAGCUGUCCGUCUACUCCAACGCUCACUCGCACACUCACCCUCACCCGCUUCCCCACGCUCAGUCCCACUCGCUGCUGCUGGACAAAGCUGUGAUGAGCGCCAAGCUGUUUCCCAGCAAAGCCGUGGGCUCGGGCAGCAGUCCGGUGGUGGGCUCGGUCGGCAGCAGCAGUGGGGGUGAGCGGCUGAGUGUGGGCGGCUCCCGCUGUGGCUUUUGCAACAAGCCAGGGGCCUCCCACACCUGUGUUAACUGCUCCAAGGUGUCGUGUGACACGUGCAUGAGCCUCUACGCCAGCGACGUGUGCACCCGCAAAAACCCUCAUCAUAACUUUGUGCCCAAUCAUCAACUCAAUUUCAAAUCCAGCACCAUAUCCCACCUCGUUUAUCGAUAGAAACGCUGCAGUUGUGCACUACAUGCUCUUUUUAUCUCUGCUUUACCACCCUUGAUUUUUUUUUUUUCCUUUUUUUUUUAUUUAACUCUUCCUGCUUCCUUUCUCAUUUGGCAGUUGUUUGGUUUUGGUCAUGUGAUCUUGCAGUGCACUUCCCGUCCCUCGGUAGCUCUACUUUAUCAAGGAAAACAAAACAACAAAAAAAGCCGUUUGACCGGAUAAUUCCAUUCAGUAUCAAUGUUUAACUUGAAAAUUAACCGUGCGGCGCAUAGGAACUGUGAAUGUUCAGCAGAGACUUCACCCUGGAAUCGAAUCGAGUAACUCGGAACUUCUCAAACUUGAACACAAGAAAAAAAAAUAACAUUACACUGGAAGUAAAUAGUAUAUAUUUUGAAUUGUGAAUCUAUAGAUCUAUGUAAGACUAUCGCUCUCAUGGUGGGGUGGUUUUCCCAGUUGAAUGGGGCUUCGGUUGUGAAUUUGUAUCAGACUUCUAGUUGCUGUUAAGUCACUAUAUAGAGUCCUCUGACAAGAAAUGCCUUGUGGGUUUAACCCCUAAGAAGUCAGCCUACGCUGUUCAAAAUGCUGCUGUUGAAAGUAAAACCAGGAGGGGGCGCUCCUGGUCUCUAACA